AUGGUGGACGAUCCCCAAGCGUCUCUAUUGGGUUCGGUCUCCGGCUCUUCUGCUGAAAUCGGACCUCCGUUCUUAGAGCUUCCUCCUGAGCUUGUCCAGCAAAUCCUGUCCUAUUUAUCGGCACAAGAUCUUGCUCGCCUGUCUACCACCUGUCGCACAUUCGCCGAGCAUGCGGCUAACGAACUCUUGUGGGCGAACAUAAUCAACUCUCACCUCCCCGAGCCAAUACACGACCCUGGUGUUUUUGACUCCUUCCGCAAUCUUUACAUUGCCCACUACCCUUGCUGGUUUGUUCCUCGCAAUAAAGUCUGGUUUUCGGACACGGAGCACACGGGCAAUCUAAUCCUAGCCCGGUACGAUCACCGAAGGGGAGUCAUAGAAGCUUACCGGGUCAUUGCAGAAAGGCGUUCUCACCAGUUUCAGAUCUGGGAUUGGAACCCGGAUGUCAUUAUCCAAACCUUCAAUCCCAAAGUCGGUCUCUGGCUAGAUGAUCCAGUCCUCCUGCUGAAAAACCAUCAUGCAGGACAGCCACGGUAUCUAAGUGGUGAGACACGCAUGCCUAUGCCCAUUGAAACGCAGAAUGUCUUCAAUGCCUUUUCACUUUGCUCCGCUCGCUUGCCUUUGAAUCUUAAAGCGAUCGAACAAUGGCCCCCGCAAACCAUCCCGAGUAAACACCGCGUUUACCGUGAUGUAGGACAUCGACUACCGGAAUGGGAGCGCCACCCUCGACAGCUGGACGAUGUUUCUGAGCAUGCGUUCCGGAUCAGGAGGUGGGCACAUUUCCGAUGGGGAAUGCCCAUAUUCACCGCUGAUCGGAGCGAGACGCUGUCGACUUAUGCAACACUCGAUCCUGAACUGUACACACCCACGAAGAAGAAACCGUACCAAGGAAUCUGGGUUGGAGACUACUCGGCACACGGAUGUGAAUUUUUGCUCUUCCUACAACGCGAGCGGGCGGAUGAGCAUGCUAGUCCUGCUAAUGCUAGCGAGUUGGGUGAAGAAUCCAACCCGCAAUGCAGCCUGGAGGCAAUCAAGCUCACCGGAGACCCCAAUGUUCCUCGUGGCGAAAUAUCCUUCUCGGCGGAAGACGUUGGCCCGGGGGGUCUCGUCCGUAUCGCGGAGGAGGCGCUUUUUCAAGGGGCACGGAUAGUACGUAGCAAAGGUCAUGUAGCUGGCCUCGGUUUUAGAGAUGAUACCUUUAUCGCUUCCCAGCUUAUCCUGAUAUCGACUGAAUGUGUGGCCCACUAUUGGGAAACCAUGGGCCACAUCUCCUAUUACCGCCGUCUUGACGUCGAUGCAUUACUCCGGACAUGA